AUGGCCACUCUGAGAUACGACCCCGAAUUCGCCAAGGCAUUGGAACCUCUCAGAUCCAAGCGUCCCUCAGGCCCUCCUCAAACUGCCUUGGAAAUCCGUCGGAACAAUGACUCUCUCUUUGAAAACAUGUUCCCCAAGGCGCCCUCGGCCGAAAUCAUCCAACAGACCGAUUACACCAUCCAGAGUUAUGAUGGUGCAAAGAUCUUGCUCCGCCGCUUUGCCAAGCCUGAGCACCUCUCGGCCAAGGAGCCUCUGCCUGCGAUUCUUUCCAUUCAUGGCGGUGGCUUCGUCUCGGGAAGUGUAGAUGCCUGUGCUGGACUGGUCGCCAGCAAGGUUCUUGCGGCCGAUCGUCCCAUCUUUGCUGUUGACUACCGUCUUGCACCCGAGCACCCUCACCCGGCCCCCGUUGAGGACAGUUACGCUGCUCUCAAGUACCUCCUGGAUCACGCUGUGGAGCUCAACAUUGAUCCCAAGCGUGUUGCCGUUCAGGGAGAGAGUGCUGGUGGCGGCAUUGCUGCCGGGCUGGCCCUCUUGGCUAGGGACAGGGAGCUUCAGCCUCCGAUCGCGAAGCUGCUUCUUACAUAUCCCGAGCUCGAUGAUCGGACACGGCAUGACAAGGACACUGAGUUUCUCAAAUUUGUCACAUGGAGCCCCAAGCACAACGAACUGGCAUGGGCGGCCUACGUCGGCGAGGACAAGGCCGGGAAGCCCGAGGCGGAUGUCUCUCCGUAUGCUGCCCCAGCGAGAGCUACGACGUACAAGGGCCUACCAUCCACAUAUGUAGACGUCGGAACGCUGGAUGUGUUUCGGGAGGAGAACCUGGAGUUUGUCAGGAGGCUGCUCGCGGAUGAUGUCGAGGUCGAGUUUCACGUCUGGCCCGGAGUGCCACAUGUGUUUGAGUUUCUUGGAGCUGGGACAAAGUGGCAUGUGAGAGCAACGGAGGCUAGAGUAGAUGCCAUGAAGGAAUUUUAA